GAGUUUUUGGGAGUAGUUGGACAGCCAUUGCAGUGUCGUGGCUCAGUAACAAAACACGAAACAGGAGGAGACCUGACAUCCAACAGGCUCACUUGAUCCCCCCUCGGACCCAUUUACAUGACCAGCGUGGAUAGAACAUCUACCUAACCAGCCCUCACCUAAACUACAGGAACGACUGUGGAGAUGUCUUUCAUAUUUUCCUUUAUCACUAACAGCCUCAAUGGUGUACUACAGUUUUUAGGCCUGCUGAAGAAGUCUGGCAAGCUAGUAUUCCUCGGCCUGGACAAUGCUGGCAAAACGACACUACUGCACAUGCUCAAAGAUGACAGACUGGGACAGCAUGUGCCAACAUUACAUCCCACCUCGGAAGAGUUGACAAUUGCUGGGAUGACGUUCACCACAUUCGACCUCGGGGGUCACGCACAAGCCCGCCGUGUGUGGAAAAACUACCUCCCGGCGAUCAACGGCAUCGUCUUCCUGGUGGACUGUGCCGACCACACCAGAUUGGCCGAAUCAAAAGCAGAACUAGAUGCGCUAAUGACAGACGAGACCAUUGGAAAUGUGCCUAUUCUGAUACUGGCCAACAAGAUCGACAGACCUGAAGCCAUCAGUGAGGAGAAGCUGAGGGAAGUGUUUGGACUCUAUGGACAGACGACAGGGAAGGGCAACAUCCCCAUGAAGGAGCUGAACACGAGACCACUGGAGGUGUUCAUGUGCAGCGUGCUGAAGAGGCAAGGUUACGGAGAAGGCUUCCGCUGGCUCUCGCAAUACAUCGACUAAAGCCGCGGCCCGCCCCAGGCAAAGAAGUGACCACGACGACGACACAACAGACGACAUCAGAGGGCUCGAACCCCAACCACUCGAGACGCCCCCGAACCAUCAUACUCAGCCCCACGUUUGGUUAAGCAAGUUUGCCUCCACCUCCACAGAAACCAGUACAACCUGAUCCCAAUAGACUUUUAUUGGUCGAACAUUUGGUUCUGCACCUACAGCCUUCAUAACUGUACGCGCGCGCACACACACACACUCUCGUUUUCUGCUCUUUUCUCUGAGAGAAUAACAUGAUUCCACGUUUAAAGGUGUUUGAUUUUCAGAUGAAUGAGUCUUUUCUAUAUUGUGUCAGUUGGUCGCUGCCCUCUCUCUCUCUCUCUCUCUCUCCCUCUCCCCCUCUCUCUCUCGCUCUCGCUCUCGCUCUCUCUCUCUCUCUUUCUGUCGUUCUCUCUCGCCGUCUGUAGAGUGAGACCAAGCAUUCUAAAUGUAAAUCUGUACAUGAUUCCACUGGUACAUCCCCAACCCCUGACGCCUCUCUCUCUCUCUCCCUUAAUCAGCUCAUUUUGUGCAAUGAGAGCGCUCCAUAGUUGUAUACAUGGCAGUACAUUUUUAACAUCCAUUCACUGUAUUUAAUCGCAUUUUUACAUGAUCGCAGCUGAGCCCAACAUCAACGUGGCUGUUCGGGUAAUGUAUUAACGGACCAGUACAUUUAUCAUAGUCCUUCACCAAUUAGGUUUUUUUUUGUUUUGUUUUGUUUUGUUUUUUUUUGGGGGGGGAGGGUUGUGUGCAAGAUGAAAUGUAUUUUGGUGCUGACCUCUAGUGGGUCGGCGCAGUAGGAUCAAUUGGACCGUCCGCCCGGCAUGCAGCGCUCACCUGGCUGUAGCAAAAGAGAUUUUUAUGAGAGGAUAUUACUCCCGGACAGGUACUCCGACUGUGCGUAGAUGGCACCACAGACGUUUGUUGCAAACAAAUAUUCAAUCUAGCUUCAUGAUUCCACGUAGCGGAGAGUGACAGGAGAGAACCUAGUGACCAAGCGCAGGUAACCACGGCCUCAGUCCCCCAGUGAGCACUCGUUCUUAGACCAAUGCCGCCUAUCAGAGAGGGACCAUGAAUAUAUGAAAUGUACUCCGACAUCGUACAUGGAUAUUGUAUCUAUAGGUGACAUCCUUUGAUCUAUGUGCAUUACCAGAUACUAUUAUGCAUGCCUUCUUUUGAUUUUUUUUUUGUUUACUAUAUCACAAUGUAACAAGAGGAAGAUGCCAAAAUUUACAAAGGAUUUUUUUUUUUAACAGAAUUGAGAGUAAUACUCGCUGUCCCGAUACCUUAUAGUCUAUUUCAUUCCCUCAUGAAUACACAAUGAGCUGUUCCAAAAAUAAAAACAAAGAGGUGGGACUUGCUGUUC